AUGGCUGACAAACUACAUCCCGCAACCACCGUGACCAACAUUAAGACUUGCAUUCCCAUCCUUCUUGAUUACGAAGGCAGCCUCUACCACAAUUGGUCCACCUUAUUCAAGCUACACUGCCGUGCUAACCUUGUCUUAGACCAUAUUCUUCCACCGAAGGAUACACCCACUGCAUCUUCCACCAUCACCGAAGCAGACAAACUCGCGGCUAAAGCUUUGUGGGAGCGACUUGACGAUAUUGUUCAUGACACCGCCGCCGAUGCUUGGAACCGCCUCCGACAAAUUUUCCAAGACAAUAAGUCGGCCAGGGCACUCGCCCUAGAUGCUAAAUUCACCACCACCAGAUUGGCAGACUUUUCCAAUGUCAAGGCUUAUUGCACUCGGCUCAAGGUUCUCUCGGACCUCCUAGCCAACGUCGGACAACCCGUUUCUGACGAAAGAAUGGUGCUUCGCACCCUCCGUGGUCUGACCGAUGAUUUCAAGACUUUCCGGACAACCGUGCAACACCGCACGCCCCUACCGACCUUUGACAAAUUAAGGUCAAUGCUCGACCUUGAAGAAGACAGCCACACCGACGACAUUGCCGUCGAACCAGGUUUGAAAAAUGCUUUGUUUGUGCAAAAUAAUAAUCCUGACAUUUUGGUUAAUGGUGGCCAGCAACCCAAUAAUAAUGCCAACAACAGGGGAAAUAACAACAGGGGUCGCCGGAACAACCGUGGUCGCGGAGGUGGUGGUAACCGCAAUAACCGCGGUGGAAAUGGUGGAGGAGGCAACCACCGUGGAAAUAAUCAGCCGCGCCCAAACCAACAGCAGCAGCAACCCAUAACUGCUCAACCUUGGAUGUUCCCUCCGUGGGCCGCGUGGGGACCACAGCCCUGGGCCACCCCCGCCUGUCCACACCCGACCACCGGGUGGCAGCUACGCGUUCAGCUACCGGGUAUUUUGGGAGCAAGCUAG